AUGAUGAGUGUAAUUGUAUAAGAUGAGAAUGAUGAUAUUUACUUAUUUGCAAAGGGAUCUGAUGAUGCUAUUCUGCCCAAGAUUCACUAUUCUUAAAGGGAAACAGCAGAUUAUGAAAACAUAAUUCAAGGAGCUAAAUAAUUCUCUAGGGAAGGAUUAAGGACUUUAAUGGUCGGAAUGAGAAUACUUGACUAAAAUGAAUUCUAAUAAUGGAAAGCGGUAUCAGAUGCUGAUCUCAGAUUAAGUACUAAUUCAAUAGAUGAUAACGAUGCAUUUUCAAGACUUGAAAGAAACCUAGCCCUCAUUGGGUGCGUUGCUCUAGAAGACCGAUUAUAAGAGGGUGUAGAUGUUACAAUUGACUUUAUUAAAAAAUCUGGGAUUUAGACAUGGAUGUUGACAGGAGAUAAAUUAGAGACAGGCAUUUGUGUUGGAUACUCUUCUAGUUUGUUGCAACCUGAUAUGAAAUUUUACUAAAUUUAGAAACUAGAUGGAUUGAAGGAUAUACUUUAAGAUGCAAUAGAAGAUAUUGAGACUUAAUAAAAAUCCAAAUGUCUUUUAAUAAUUGGAGAUUGCUUCUCAGCUUUGAUAUCAGAAAAGGAAAUGCUAGAUAUAUUUCUACUCAUAGCUAGUAAAGUAGAUGUAGCACUAGGAUGUAGAUUUACACCAUCUUAGAAGGAACAAUUAGUUCGAAUUUAUACUUAGAAAUAUCCUCACAAGAUUUCACUUGCCAUAGGAGAUGGUGCAAAUGAUGCAAGCAUGAUAUCAAUAGCUAAUAUCGGAAUUGGAAUAAGUAGCACUGAGUAAUAACAGGCAUAAAGAAGUGCUGAUAUAGUUAUAUCAAGGUUUAGAUUUCUUUAACCCCUAAUGUAUAUUCAUGGAAGAGAAUCUUUUAGAAGAAAUACUUUCCUUGUCUGCUUUUUGUUCUACAAAAAUGUUUUACUAGUAUUCCCUAUUUUCUUGUUCGGCUUUGUUGACAAAUUCAGAUAAAAUGUCUUCUUUGGAACAUAUCUAUACGCUUUCUACAAUGUCAUAUUUACCUCUAUGCCUAUUAUUUGGUUUAGCUUCUCACUAUAGAACACUUAAGGUGAUACUUACCAUUACUGGUGUCUUGGACUAAUUGUAUCAGGAUAGGUUAUAACUGUAUCUAAUGUAAAAGUUAUAACCUCAUACUUUAUUUUUGACUUUAUAGGAGUCAUAGUGGUGAUACUCAGUAUUAUGAGUUAUUAUUUAUUCAUUUAUGCAUUCAUGUUCAUUUAAGAUGAGGAAGAUGAAUCCUUGAAGGACUUUUUGGGUCACUUGCAUCAAAUACCUUUCUUCUGGACAUACUAUCUAACGUUUUUCAUACUAUUGUACAAAGUUGACUUAAUUAUUGGUAUCUUCUAUCAAAUAGUAAUGUAACACAAAAGUCCUUAAGUAUUUAUCUAAAGUCCAUUCUCGUUAAAUAUGGAAUAGCUUAAGCCUUACUUUUCAUGCAAAAAAUAAAUGCCAAGAAAAUUAACUGAUAAGCCUUCAUUAAAUUAUCAACCAACUGAGGGAAGUGAGAGACGAACACAUCUUCUGUCUUAAGAGGAUGAAGAGAUGCAGUAUAAAAUACUUUGA